GUUAGAGUUUCUCACGACUGCAGUCCAUCGUGAACUUUUUCCUCUCGAUCAUUCAUUAUGAGCCCAGUUUCUGCCCGCGGCUCGGUCUGGCGCAGGUGAAGAGACGAGUCAGUUUCAGAGAUCAACCACCCAAACAGUAAGCGCUGAGGUGGACCAUCUGCUGACAGAUCCUCAGGUGCCACUGGGAUCCAGGAACGACAUACAAGAGAUUUCAGCUGUGCUUCCUCUGCCCUGCACCUAUUCCUUGGUCUCUCUCAAUCUCCAUGGCUGCCAACAUCACACCCCAGGGCUGUGGCCCUAAUGUGGACUCUCUCUACUACAACCUGUGUGAUCUCAGUGCAGUAUGGGGCAUCGUGCUGGAAGCCUUUGCCGCAGCUGGUGUUGUGUUUUCAAUUGUGCUUUUUAUGUCAGUGCUGGCCAGUCUGCCCUUCGUGGUGGAUAAGAAUCUCAAGAGCUCAGUGGCUCUCAAUGCCUGCUUCCUUGUCUGCACCUCUGGCCUCUUCUGCCUGACCUUUGCCUUCAUUGUGGAGAAGGACUUCUCUACCUGUGCCUCACGGAGGUUCCUCUUUGGAGUGCUGUUUGCCGGAUGCUUCGCCUGCCUGCUGAUGCAAUGUGUGAGGCUGAACAUCCUUGCCAGACGGAACCGUGGGCCCAGGGCUUGGGUCCUGUGCCUGGGAGCAGUGGGGCUGUGGCUGGUAGAAGUGGUCAUCAACACCGAAUGGCUAAUUAUCACAGUGGUGCGCCACCCGCAACAACCACUGAAUGCCACAGCCGAACCCGACAGAGCCACAGCGAUACCCUGCAACAUUGUCAACGAGGACUUUGUCAUGGCAUUAAUCUACGUGAUGAACCUCAUCCUGGCAGUGGUAGUGGCAAGUCUGGCCAUCAUGGCAGGCAAACAUAACCAGUGGAAGAAGGAGGGAUCCUUCAUCCUUUUGACAAGCUUGCUUUCUGUAGGUAUCUGGGUGGCAUGGAUCGUCAUGUAUGUGUAUGGGAAUGAGACGAAAGGGGGUCCCACAUGGGAUGACCCAACCUUGGCCAUAGCCCUGGUGGCAAAUGCCUGGGUGUUCCUGAUUUUCCACACCAUCCCAGCAAUGUGCUGUUUGGCCAGUGAAGACGACAGCCAGCAAGGCUAUGGAGAAGACCUGUACCCCAGCCGAGGGGUCGGCUAUGAGACGAUUCUCAAGGAGCAAAGUUCCCAGAACAUGUUCAUGGAAAACAAGGCUUUCUCUAUGGAUGAACCCAACCAAGGUUCCAAGCAUGUGUCUCCCUACAGUGGCUACAGCGGUCAGCUACGCAGUUCAGUCUACCAGCCUACAGAGCUGGCUCUCAUCAGCAAAGGAGUGGGAAAUCACCAGACGGAGUUGUCCUAUGACUCGGCCAUCCCCAGGGCUUCCACCAACUCUGCAGCCAACAGUGGGACCAGCACCCCCUCACUACACACUGACAUCGGGGAUGCCCCACACACGCAGACUAACGGCAAUAGCGUAGGUGAAUGGACUGCAUAGGAAGACCCAGUGGUGAAUAUGCUGUGUCUCUCAACGGCCUGUCCAAGACAUUUCAUUUUUUGUAUUUUAAUUUGCACCUGCUGACUGUAUUUUAGCUGUUAUCCAUGGUUCCCUAAGCUGGUUCUAAGUGGAACCAUCAGUCCCAAUAUUUGGAGGUGAGCGCUGGGUCAUCACCGCUGAUGGAAAACAGUUAAACCUCCGGGUAUCAGACAGUAUAGAGCUUCAUUUGGAAGUCAAAGCAGGGGGCGAAGCUACGGCUUUGCUAGAGAACAAUGACUUUUUGCAAUGGUCGCCAUUUACUGAGAAUGGACUGUGAGCUCUCUCUGCUGGGCCAAAUGACACAGAUGAAGAGUGAUGGUGCUGACAGCGCAGAAUGGUGGAAGAGAAUAGUCUCCCUAAGCAUUAGGAGUGUUUUUGGCUCAACAUGAUUGUGCGGCAUGCACACACAUCCUUACACAAACACAUACACAACAUUCACAAAAGUUCAUAACUGUUACUGCAGUGGCAGCUACACUAGAGCAACAGGUGUGAAGUAACAUACCUGCUAUAAUCCCAGAAGUAGAAAUGCAAUGGAACAUUGCAUACUGAGCAUGGCAUCAAGAGAAGAUGUGUCUACAGAAAGGACUAUCAUAGGGUUAUAACUUAUAAUCACAUACACUCAUGUAAGAUUAUUAGAAAGGCAGUGUGCACUGACAAGUUUAAUUCUAGGUGUCUACAUUUUUUGUGCCUGGAUUGUGAACAUCGUUUGUAGCACACAGAAGUCACACAUCAGGUUGAGCUCCUGGUAUUGAAUUAAUGUAAAUAUGUUGUUAAUGUGUCAAUGGUUCUUCACUGCAUGAAAGCCUUUUAUGAAUAUGCAUAUUUAAAGCAAACUAUUUAUAGCACUCUUGCGUGCUAUUUGAUUUCUACAAAUCAAACCAGCAUGAGCAUAUUGCCUUCAUUUUAAUGAAUAUGUUGAUUGCACAUACUGCAGCCACUGAUUUUGAUUUUAAUCAGAAUAAAUAUUCCCUUGUGAAAUUAUCAGUGCCAUGUCAUCUAGCCUACAUCUUAUGAAGUUCACGUGAGGAUAUUUUCUUUAGGAAAACUGGAUGAUAUUGUCAGGUCAUUGGUGUCUGGUGGGAGACGGCAUCUCAAAGGGUAAUUACAUCGGAAAUGGAAACUGACUCCCCUCUGUCGUCCCAUUGCACAGGUCAUUUUCAUACUCACCAGUGAUAAGGCUGUGCGACGCCGCCCUCAGGGUCUUCAAGCGUCAGACAGAGCUAGAGGUCUCUAGACUCAAGGUUACAGUAUCUGAGGCUACUGUCACGUUUGCCUCCCAGACAAAAGCAGCUGUUCAGAGACACUUUUUCCAACAGCUAAUUUAACAGAAGGAUAAUUGGCAUGUACUGUGUAGCCAUGUGUGUCCUGUCACUGACAAGAAUGAGUCAUUGUUUUAUCUCUGGAAAUUGUUAAUACUCAUUCUUAUGUUUGUUUUCCCCAUAAUUUCAUUAUACCCCAUUAAAAAAAGU